AUGCCUCUCCCCGCUCGUACCGCGACCGUCUCCCGGUCCACCAACGAGACCAAGAUCCAAAUCUCGCUCUCCCUAGACGGUGGCGUCCUCCCACCCUUCGAGCCGAUGUCGCACUUCCCGCCCUCAACAGACCCCGCCGAGGCCGAGGCCGAAAAGAAGGGCAUCGUGCCUAUCAAGGGUGCCGCCCAUGCUACCCAGUUCACGCCUACCCAGCAGAUCACGAUUAGCACUGGAAUUGGCUUCUUGGAUCACAUGUUGCAUGCGCUGGCUAAGCACGGCGGUUGGAGUUUGGCCGUGCGGGCUAAGGGUGAUUUGUACAUUGACGACCACCACACAGCGGAAGAUACCUUCCUCGCCCUCGGCACAGCAUUCACAAAAGCCCUCGGCGCCCGCCAAUCCCUCGCCCGCUUCGGCCGCGGUGACGCCCCCUCGACGAAGCCCUAUCCUGGGCUGUCAUCGAUCUCUCCUCCCGUCCCUGGGCCCACGGAGAUGAUCACCCACGGUCUGCAGAGCUUCGCGCAGGCUGCGGAUGUCACGCUGCAUGUUGGCUGCACUUACGGUGAUAAUGACCACCACCGUGCGGAGAGUGCGUUCAAGGCGUUGGCUGUUGCGAUUCGGGCUGCGACGGCCCGGAGGGUCGAGGGUGAGGUUGGUGCGGGUGAUAUCGUUAGUACUAAGGGUGUUUUGUAA